AUGUCAUCACAAACGACGACGGCCGGCCCCUUCCGGGUCGUCGAGCAUACGGUCGAAUGCCAACAUAUCCGAGAGUAUCCCGCAGCCACGGCCGACGAGCAGGAAGACAUCUUAAACCUCGCAGUAAAACAGUAUAUUCCGCUAGAUAACUCCAGCCCUCAGCCGGGGGACGUCACGAUCCUCGCCGCACAUGCCAAUGGGUUCCCCAAGGAACUCUACGAACCUUUGUGGGAGGAGAUCUACGCACGAUCUCAAGCCAAUGGUUUUCGUAUUCGGAGCAUCUGGAUGGCAGACGUGGCGCACCAGGGCCAGAGCAGUGUGCUGAACGAAGACCUUCUCGGAAAUGACCUCGCGCGCACGCAAACAGCAAGCUGGUUCGAUCACCCCAGAGACCUGCUUCAUCUCCUCAAUGUCAAGCGCAAGGAGAUGCCACGGCCCAUCGUCGGGGUGGGCCAUAGCAUGGGCGGCGCACACCUAGCCCAACUAUGCCUCAUGCACCCACGCCUCAUCCAUACACUAGUCCUCCUGGACCCAGUCAUCCAACGCGAAUCCACGCAACUAGACCACCUAGAAAUGGCCCUACACCACCGCGAACUGAUCGCCAAAACGACGCAACUCUCGACCUACCGGCGCGAGGUGUGGCCCUCGCGCCAAGCGGCAGCGGAGGGCUUCAAGCGCAGCCCAUUCUACCAAGCGUGGGACGUGCGCGUGCUCGCCCGCUGGAUCGAGCACGGUCUGCGGGAGCUUCCCACGGCGAUCCAUCCGCUGGAUGCAGGUAAGAAGACGCAGAACAACACCGUCACCACCGAAGACCGACCCGUCACCCUUAAAACCACCCUCCACCAGGAGGUCUUCACCUUCUCCCGGCCCAACUACGACGGACCACCGGGGAAGAAAGUUCCCAUGAAUCGGACGACGCAUCCAGAUCUGAACCCUGAGCAUCUGGGCUCGUGGCCGUUCUAUCGUCCGGAGCCGUCGCGCGUGUUCGCUAUGCUUCCGCAUCUCCGGCCGAGCGUCUGCUAUAUCUUCGCUGGGAAGUCGGAUAUGUGUCUCCCUAGUAUGAUGGAGGAUAAGAUGAAGGCGACGGGGACGGGGCUGGGUGGGAGCGGAGGGGUGGCGGCGGGGCGCGUGCGGGAUGUGUAUUUGAAGGACUUUGGCCAUUUGUUGGCGCAGGAGGCGCCGGUGCAAUGCGCCGAGGCGGCCAGCGAGUGGCUGGGUGCGGAGCUGAAGCGUUGGCGCGUCGAGGAGGACGCUUUUCGGGAACAGUGGCAUAAGAAGUCCAAGAUUGAGAAAGUCACGAUCGAUCCGCGCUGGAAGGAGCAUGUGCCCAAGGCGGAACGACCAAAGAAGGCUGCUCCUGAGUCGAAGCUGUGAAGAACGUGAUCUGUUCUGAUUAUAUAGAUGAUCGUGUUGCUUGCUUUG